AUGAACGGUGACAGCUACUCCCGAGACGGCGGCCGCUCAGGUGGAGGCUCGAGGAACUACUCCUCGAGGGACGACCACCGCGAUCGCGACAGGGGCGGUGAUAGGCGCCGCCGCCGUUCGCGUUCUCCUCGACACAGCUCUCGCCGCGACUACGAGGUCGACACGUACUCGUCCAGCCGCGACUACCGUGAGCGCGAGCGCGAAGACACAUACGCCCGCCGUGAAAGGCGCGACGACCGCGGAGGCGACCGCGCUGAAGGUGGUGGCCGUGAGGGUGGUGGCCGUGAGGGUGGUGGCCGUGAAGGAGGCGGCCGCCGGGACUGGGGCGAUUCGUACUCGAGGCGCGACCGCCCAAGAGACCGAGGUGACCGCGACGGCGAUGACCGUGGCCAUGGACGACGUGACAGGGGCGACCGCAACGAUCGAUUUGGUGGAGAUGACCGUGGUGGCAGGGGACGACGAGAUGGAGGCUUUGGCGGAAACAGGGGAGGAAACCAGCGCCAGAAGUCGCCUUCACCAGUCGCAAAGCAGCGCGAGCCUACACCGGAUCUUACGCCCUUCACCAACAUCCAAAACCGUCCGCGCCGUAUGACACAGUGGGACAUCAAGCCGGCUGGCUACGAGAACAUCACCGCUGAGCAGGCUAAGCUGUCCGGCAUGUUCCCUCUGCCUGGCGCACCCCGCGCUGCACCCAUGGACCCCUCGAAGUUGGCUGCCUUCAUGAGCCCCUCUGCUGGUACUGCCUCGUCCGCCGCGCUCCAGACGGUCAACGCAAAGCAGGCGAAGCGCCUCUACAUCCACAACCUACCCUCUGGCGCAACGUCCGAGGAGAUUGUCGAGUUCUUCAACCUGCAGUUGAACGGAUUGAACGUCGUCGCUGGUCAAGACCCAUGCAUUUCCGCACAAGUCGCGAGCAGCAACGAGUACGCGCUCCUCGAGUUCAAAACCGCCGAGGAUGCAACCGUCGCCCUUGCUAUGAACGGUAUCGCGAUGCGCGAUAACUCCGGUGGCCCUGAUCAGAGCGGUUUGUCCAUUCGCCGACCCAAGGACUACAUCACACCCACCCGCGACGAGAACGCAUACUCCGGCGACGAGGUCUCGACCGACGUCAAGGACAGCCCCAACAAGCUCAGCAUCGUCAAUAUCCCGCAGUACAUUGAGGAGGAGCAAGUUCGCGAGCUUGUCGAAACUAUGGGCAAGCUCAACGCUUUCAUUCUGGUCAAGGACACCAGCACUGAUCAGCACCGCGGUAUCGCGUUCUGCGAGUAUGCCGAUAACGAGAUCGUCGACGCUGUCAUUGAGGGCCUGAAUGACAUUCCCCUUGGCGAUGGCCACUUGAAGGUUUCACGCGCAACUGUCGGUCUACAGCAGACAACAGGUCUCGAUGGCGGCGUUCAGGCUAUCGCCUCACUGGCUGGUGCUGAGGCUGCUAAAGACCAGGAGCACAGCCGUGUCAUCUGCCUGAUGAAUAUGGUCACAUCUGACGAACUGAUCAACGACGAGGAAUACGAGGAAAUCAAGGAAGACAUCGACGAAGAGUGCGGCAAAUACGGUCCCAUCGUCGAGAUCAAGAUCCCCCGCCCUGCUGGAGCCCGCAUCAACCUCGGUGUUGGCAAGAUCUACAUCAAGUACCAGGAUACCGACUCUGCACAGAAGGCUAUCAAGGCGCUCGCCGGUCGCCAGUUCUCGCGGAGAACUGUCGUUGCGACUGAGUUCUCGGAAGAGGGCUUCGACGUCGAGGCCUGGUAAUAUACGCUUCCGGCUAGAGGGUGGUGCAGGUGCGACGUGGCGUUCUAUUGAUUUCAUCUACUCACUUGCUGCGAUUUGGCAUAGGUAUCUCAGACUGCUGUGUACACUAAUUUGAUCAUAAGCAAAAGCGAGCAUGGCGAGUAAGGAGUGGUGAGGAGCAGGGAUGUGCUCGAUUCUUUGAAUAUUCAGGUGAUGAGAGUAGAGCACUCAGAACAUAUAUGAUACCUUCAA